AUGAUCAGGGCAGUGCUUAUUUUCAAUAAUCAUGGAAAACCAAGACUGAUGAAGUUUUACGAACAUUAUGUGGGUACUUCAACUCUUCUUUCAUACAAUCUUCAGACCGAGGACGUUCAACAACAGAUAUUAAAUGAAACCUUCCAAUUAGUCUCCCGUCGUGAUGACGAUGUGUGCAACUUCUUGGAAGGGGGGAUGCUUGUCGGUGGCGAGGAUUAUCGAUUAAUCUAUCGUCAUUAUGCUACUUUGUAUUUCGUGUUUUGUGUGGACUCAUCCGAAAGCGAAUUGGGCAUUCUUGAUCUAAUCCAAGUAUUCGUCGAAGCUUUAGACAAAUGCUUUGAGAACGUUUGCGAAUUGGACUUGAUCUUCCAUGUGGACAAAGUUCAUUACAUUCUAAAUGAGCUGGUGUUUGGUGGGCUGGUUAUGGAAACUCACAUCAGUGAGAUAACUGCCAUGUUUGAUGAACAAGCGAAAAUAGAGAAACAAGAAACUGGUUUAUCUGGUGCUCCUGCGAGAGCCGUCUCGGCUGUGAGGGAAUUGAACCUUCAUCAGAAACUUAAAGAACUCCGAUUCCCGGAUCUUCCGUCAUUACACAGCAGACUGUCGCGUUGA